AUGUCCACUCCUCAUGUGCCACCAGCAGGAGUCUGGGUUCCUGUUGUAACAGCAUUCAACCACCAAUCCGAUACUAUCGACAUAGACGCACACAAAAAGUACUGCGCCUACUUGUCCAAAUAUUUAACCGGCCUAGUUAUCCUGGGAACCAAUGCAGAGGCAUUUUUACUCACGCGUGAUGAGCGUGCCCAGGCCAUCCGCGCUGCUCGCGAGGCUGUAGGCCCAACUUACCCCAUCAUGGCUGGUGUGGGAGCACACUCAACAAAGCAAGUGCUAGAACUUUCUGAGGACGCCGCGAAAGCAGGGGCAAACUAUCUGCUUGUUCUUCCCCCGGCAUAUUUCGACAAGGCUACGACUCCGUCAACAGUCAAACGCUUCUUCGCCGACGUGGCCGCUAAAGCAUCCUUGCCCGUGGUCGUCUACAACUUCCCCGGUGUGACGAAUGGGGUAGACAUCGACUCAGACACCAUCGAGGCAAUCGUACAGGCUUCUGCAGCAGCCUCCCCCAACGGCAGGAGCAACGUUGUGGGAGUUAAACUCACCUGCGCCCAGGUCGGGAAGAUUACCCGGCUCACCGCGGCAUUUGGACCAGAUGAGUUUGCGGUAUUUGGGGGUCAAUCCGACUUCUUGAUUGGUGGCUUGUCCGUUGGAUCAGCAGGGUGUAUUGCUGCCUUCGCAAAUAUUGCGCCCAAGACUAUAUCGCAGAUUUAUCGGCUUUAUAAAGAAGGGAAAGUUGAGGAAGCAUUGACCUUGCACCGGAAGGCAGCGUUGGUGGAGAGUCCUUGUAAGGAUGGAAUUGCAGCAACCAAGUUUGCUGCUGCAAUAUCAUCGGCCACUAGGGCGGGAGUUGAGGACCCAGAAGAUAAGUUUCGACCCAGGACGCCGUAUGAAGAGCCGGGGGAAGCAAUCAAGGCGAAUGUGAGGAAAGUUAUGGCGGAAAUUUCAGCGAUUGACGAUACACUGUGA